UUGUCAUCCAUUAAACUUCAGGUGAUUGGUGUGAGGUUGACUGGAACGCUAAGUGGCUGGACUGCUCCUAAAGAUGUGAUUUUGAAGGUUGCAGGCAUUUUGACUGUGAAAGGAGGCACAGGUGCAAUUGUUGAGUACUUUGGACCAGGUGUAGACUCCAUAUCAUGCACAGGAAUGGGGACAAUAUGUAAUAUGGGAGCAGAGAUAGGAGCCACAACAUCUAUCUUUCCCUUCAACAGUCGCAUGGUGGAUUACCUGAGGGCAACAAAUAGGGAAGAGAUUGCAACCCUUGCUGGUGGAUACAGACAUAUCUUGACAGCGGACGAAGGGGCUGAAUAUGAUGAAGUUAUUGAAGUUAACCUCAGUGAGCUUGAACCUCAUGUGAAUGGCCCAUUCACACCAGACCUUGCUCAUCCAAUCUCACACCUGGGAAAGAAUGCUGCAGAAAAAGACUGGCCAGUGGAGGUUAAAGUUGGUCUGAUUGGGAGUUGCACAAACAGCAGUUAUGAAGACAUGAGUCGGUCAGCUAGUAUUGCCAAACAAGCAUUAAGCAAGGGCCUCAGAUUUCAGUCUACAUUUACAGUGACUCCUGGUUCCGAGCAGAUUCGUGCAACCAUAGAAAGAGAUGGCCAGGCCUCUGUGUUCAGAGAUAGUGGAGCAUUGGUGCUGGCUAAUGCAUGUGGUCCGUGUAUUGGCCAAUGGGACAGGCAAGAUGUAAAGAAAGGUGAGAAAAACACCAUUGUCAGCUCAUAUAACAGGAAUUUUACUGGUCGCAAUGAUGCCAACCCAGCUACUCAUGCAUUCGUAGCCUCACCUGAGAUGACAACAGCAUUAGCCCUGGCUGGUCGCCUUGACUUCAACCCUAUGACUGAUGAACUAAUAGGAGCCAAUGGUGAGAAGUUUAAGCUAGAUAGCCCAUAUGGAGAUGAGCUACCCAGCAAGGGUUUUGAUCCUGGUGAGGAUACCUAUCAACCUCCUGCUGAUAGCAAGGUGCAAGUAGACAUUGAUCCGAACAGUAAACGUCUUCAAGUCCUGGAUCCAUUUGAGACAUGGGAUGGUAAAGACUUGGAGAAUAUGGCUGUUCUCAUUAAGGUGAAAGGCAAGUGCACAACUGAUCACAUCAGUGCUGCAGGACCUUGGCUCAAGUAUAGAGGUCAUCUAGAUAAUAUCUCCAAUAACCUUCUCAUUGGUGCUACCAACAUUGAGAAUGGUGAACUGAACAAGGUUAAGAACAAGCUAACAGGACAGUAUGGACCAGUUCCUGAUACUGCCAGAAAUUAUAAGGAACAAGGCAUUGCUUGGGUGGUGGUUGGUGAUGAGAACUAUGGUGAAGGUUCUAGUAGGGAACAUGCUGCCUUGGAACCCAGACAUCUUGGUGGUAGAGCCAUCAUUGUCAAGAGCUUUGCAAGGAUCCAUGAAACUAACCUGAAGAAGCAAGGUAUGUUACCUUUGACCUUUGCUAAUGCUGCUGAUUAUGAUAAGAUUCAGCCAGAUGAUGAAGUCAGUCUGCUGGGAGUAAUCUCACUUGCCCCUGGAUCGCAAGUGACGUGUCGUUUGAAGCAUAGUGAUGGUACAUGCGAGGAAUUCCCACUGGAUCAUAGUAUGAAUGAAGGGCAGAUAGAGUGGUUCAAAGCAGGCAGUGCACUCAAUAGGAUGCGGCAAUUGAUAGCAUCCGAGUGAUGCAUCACAUCAAAUAUAUAUCUGGAAUACUUGGUCAAUGAUCCACCCUUGUCCAUACUGCAGGCAUCAAUGUUUAUCCAUUGUUUUCAAAUGAAUGUGUCAUGACAAAUUCUCACAUAGGUACAACUUUAGGAAUUAUAUGAUUGCCAAUUGAAAUAAUAUAUAUAUUAAAAGAAUUUUAAAGGCCAACACAUCCCUUACAUAUGUAAGCAAAAUGUAAGUUUCUUUUCUUACAAAUUUAACCUAAUUUGGAAUGGAUGCUGAGGAGUGCAUACAUGAUUGGACAUGAAUAUUUCAGGAAUUACAUUUAUAAAAUACAAUUUGAUUUUCCUGUGGUUGCAGUGUUCUUUAUACAGAUGUUGCUGAUACUAAUAUUCAAAUACAUGUUUAGAUUUGUACUUAUUCAGUCAAAUAUUGUUGUGUAAAAGAACGUUAUGAAUUGAGAUAAACAUAUUUAGUAUUAUAAGGGCAGUUGCACCUGGUCACAAAUAAUCCGAAUAGUAAUUACACAGAGGAUUAUUUUUGAUGCCCAUUGUCAAAAAUAUUGUGAAACAAGCAAUGUCAUCUCAGAUGACCCUGGUUAGAAACAUGCUUUGUGAACCAUACGUGUUGAAAUUUAAACCAGAAAGACAUAACGUUGAGUGGAAUUUUCCUGAGUUCAAACUUACAAGAUGAAAACUUUUGUAAUUGAUAAUUUCAAUAAAUAUAUUGAACCUGUCUGGUUUUGCUUUGUAAAUUAAAUCCUCUUCCGCUUUUUGAUGUAACGUAUUGACAAAAGUUAUUCGCAUUUGCCUGUACCAUACCACAUAGUUGUUUUUUAUUCAGGUCAAUUGACAAUAUUGAUGAACUUUCUGUUGUUCAAAUCCUACAAGAUCUGAGAGAAAAUUUCAGACCAGGUGAUAUCGUUGAGUUGGGAAAAUCAAAACUGUUAUGAAUAUAACAAUUUUGUAGUGAAGUUCUUUUAGAUUUUCCAUGUUAACUCAAAUAUAAGGUGGUAUUGUAGGAAUUCAGGCCAAGUUGAAGGGUCAUUUACUGAACACUUUGAGUGAAAUGAAGCGUUUGGACACAGAUCCAGAGAUAGCAUGCAAGAGAUGUAGGAAUAUUUGCAGAAGACUUGGAUGUUUUCAGCUUAUCCUUUUAUCCAAAUUCCUUUCCUUAAUCAAAAGUACUCCGACAAGUCAGCACGGUUGGAGUACUUUUGAUUAAGGAAAGGAAUUUGGACAAAAGGGUAAGCUGAAAACAGAAGGACGUACUCAUGGAAGGACUUACUCUUACAACCGAUAUCAGCUUGGCAUUUCAUUUAAUUCAUGCAACAUAAAGAUAAGUUAUCGAUUAGACUUUCAAUUGUUUAGGGUGGGGGUGGCUUUACACAAGAUUUCUGCCAUACUAGAAAUAAAUAAGUCAGCACCCAAUAUUGUUAAUUUCCCAAAUUCUUACAAGUUAAAAGCACCAUUAGGCUAAAGCACCCAUGCAUAUAUGCCUCUCCCUCUGCGGUGAGUAUUGAAUUGCAAAAAUGGUAUUAAACAGGUACUUUAUAUUGACAUAAUACAUGCUUUUUAAUAUCAGAUUUUAUAAGGUAAAGUGCGACGCCUCCAUGAAAUAACUAUCAACAAAAUGUGUGACCUUUUUUUCUCACACACAAUGCUUCCCAUGGACAGAAUAAAAACAAAGAUCUUGGUUGAAGACUGCCUGAUGUCUGGGUUUUAUUGAAUACUUUAUGUUCACUAUUUGACGAGAGCAUUUCAGAAAUCCUGCCCAAUCCCUAGCAUAGCAAAACAUUUUUUACACAAGCCCUAUGGCAUAGCUGUA